GUCGAGUUGAGUGCAGACGUUGUGUCCUCGUGAACGCUGUGUGCAAAAAAAGCAAAAGAAAAAAGAAACAAGAAAAGAAAAGAAAAUAGUUCAAAGCGAGCCAUAGAUACAUUUUCCACUACUUCUCUGUGUUUAUUGAUAAAUAAAAACUUAAAAUAAAAAACAAUAACGAAAAACAGGACCCACACAACAUAAUUGGAAACAGAAACCGUAGUAAAAAUGUCAAAAGUUAAAGCUAAAGGCAAAUUAAAUAAACGAACAAUUCCCAAGCCCAAACACUUAAAAUGAGACGAUUCAACUGCCGCAACAACAACAGCAACAACGACAGCAGCAGCAGCAACAACAACAAUAACAACAACAGCAACAGCAAUAAAGAGAAGAGGCGCAGCUUAAAGGUCGAGGACAAUAAAGGUGCAGUGCAAACAUAGCAAUAAGCAGGACAUUUAACAAAAAACAUAAAAGGCUAUGGAAUGGAGCAUCAAUUUGGGUGACGAACUGAAAGAGCGACAAAGCGACAGAAAUAAAAUGAACAGCCUACUGAGCUAGAGCCGAGAGAUAAACGCAGCCACAGCAGCACAACGGAUGAGAGAGCGAGCAGAGCGAGCGAGGGCUAACACGAGGCAAUUGGCAAUUGAUGUGGCCGCGGACAACUGGGCAACGGAACAGAGCGACAACAAACGAGGCGCAGCUGCAGCAGCAUCAACGGGCAAACGCUGGAACAGCAGUGUCUCAUGCCAGUCGUCUGCACACGCCCAGUGCAGUUGAACUCGAAUCGAUCUCCGAUUCGGUGCUGCUCUGUCAGCUAUUGAUGCUAUUCGUUCUGGCAUUGUUCUGGUUGAGCUACGCCUGGCCAGCGCGCAGUCAAACGAUAUCGCAUUGGCAGCGCAUGCAUUGAGACAACUAAAACAUAUACACACACAGCCACACUCCAGCACACACACACACAUACUUACUCAUGCACUGAUGUACUGACUGAAUGCCUCGCUGCCUAAACAAAAAAAAAAAACAAAAGCAAACAACUAAAUCACUGACUGAGAGACAGGAAAUAAGAAUUGGAUAAGCAAGAAGCUACACAACUGAACGAAGAAGCAGAGAUCAUUACUUAACUAAUUACUGCAACUGUAACUGUAAAACAUUAACUAAAACUUACUUUAUACCAAUAACAACAAACAAACACAUAAAAAAUACAUUUUUAAUGCCACGCUAAAGCAACCAAAAAAAAAACAAAAACGAGAAGAUUUUUAACUAAGCAAUAAUACGCACCCUCGAACAAAACCUUCCAAGUCGAAACAGAACCCUUUUGACUUUUGCCACGCACCACAACAACUACAACAACAACAACAAAUUGCACCACCAUGAGUGUUUCAGCAAUGGAUAAAUUAACUAAACUAACGCCCCGCACCCGGACGCCCCUGCUAACAAUAUGGCUGGCCAUAAACAUGGCGCUAAUCGUACAGGAGACGGGCCCCAAACGGAGCACCACAGUGCAAUCUGCUACUGGCGGCGGCAGCAUGUUGGGUGAUGUAAACAUAUCCGCUAUACUCGACUCCUUUAGUGUUAGUUACGACAAAAGAGUAAGACCCAAUUAUGGUGGACCUCCUGUCGAAGUCGGAGUCACCAUGUAUGUGCUAUCAAUCAGCUCGCUCUCAGAAGUGAAAAUGGACUUUACAUUGGAUUUUUACUUUCGUCAAUUUUGGACCGAUCCUCGUUUAGCGUAUAGAAAACGACCUGGUGUAGAAACACUAUCGGUUGGAUCAGAAUUCAUAAAGAAUAUUUGGGUACCUGACACCUUUUUUGUAAAUGAAAAACAAUCAUAUUUUCACAUUGCAACAACCAGUAAUGAAUUCAUUCGAGUGCAUCAUUCUGGAUCGAUAACAAGAAGUAUUAGAUUGACUAUUACCGCAUCGUGUCCAAUGAAUCUGCAAUAUUUCCCAAUGGAUCGGCAGCUGUGUCACAUUGAGAUCGAAAGCUUCGGCUACACGAUGCGUGACAUACGUUAUAAAUGGAACGAGGGCCCGAACUCGGUUGGUGUCUCGAGCGAGGUAUCGCUGCCCCAAUUUAAGGUCUUGGGUCAUCGUCAAAGGGCCAUGGAGAUCAGUCUUACCACAGGCAACUAUUCGCGUUUAGCCUGCGAAAUACAAUUCGUGCGCUCGAUGGGCUAUUAUCUUAUACAAAUCUACAUACCCUCUGGACUGAUCGUUAUUAUAUCAUGGGUAUCAUUUUGGCUCAAUCGCAAUGCAACGCCGGCGCGUGUGGCGCUCGGUGUGACAACCGUGUUGACAAUGACCACAUUGAUGUCGUCAACAAAUGCGGCGCUGCCAAAGAUUUCGUACGUCAAAUCGAUUGACGUCUAUCUGGGAACAUGCUUCGUUAUGGUCUUUGCCAGUCUACUGGAAUACGCCACCGUCGGCUAUAUGGCAAAACGAAUUCAAAUGCGAAAACAAAGAUUUAUGGCGAUCCAAAAGAUAGCUGAGCAGAAAAAGCAACAAUUAGAUGGUGUGCAGCAGCAGGCCAAUCCGAAUCCGAAUGUCGGAGGCGGACCCGGUCCUGAGCAUGGACAUGGGCAUGGUCAUCAUGCCCACAGCCAUGGUCAUCCGCAUGCGCCCAAACAAACAGUGAGUAACCGCCCAAUCGGCUUUACAAAUAUCCAACAAAACGUUGGUACGCGCGGUUGCUCGAUAGUGGGACCCUUGUUCCAGGAGGUGAGAUUCAAGGUCCACGACCCCAAGGCACACUCCAAGGGCGGCACACUGGAGAAUACGGUGAAUGGCGGCCGUGGCGGCCCCCAAUCCCAUGGACCCGGACCAGUGCCCGGCGGUCCAGGCGGACCAGGCGGACCCGGCGGCGGUGGCGGAGGCGGCGGCGGCGGUGGCGGACCACCAGAUGCUGGCGGCGACCCAGAAGCGGCAGUGCCAGCACAUCUGCUACAUCCAGGCAAAGUAAAAAAGGAUAUCAACAAACUGUUAGGCAUUACGCCUUCGGAUAUUGACAAAUAUUCGCGCAUUGUGUUUCCCGUGUGCUUUGUUUGCUUCAAUCUGAUGUACUGGAUUAUCUACCUGCACGUGAGCGAUGUCGUUGCCGACGAUCUGGUCUUGCUCGGCGAGGAAUAAGCGGCCAUGCCCCCCAAGGUGGUGCAGCGUCGGAUGCGGAGGCAACAAGUGAGACAACAGCGCACGAGAGAGUUAAACUGUGCAACGCGCUGAAAAACAACAAAAAAUAAAAAUAAAAGUAAAAACAAAAUACCAAAAAAAAACAUUAACCAAAAGUAAUUUUAACUAGAGAUAUGGAAAAACGCAAAAGGCAACAUAUUAUUGUUAAACACUAAAAAUAAUAAUAAUAAUAAAGGAGGAAAAGUAAACCAAAAAGGAUAAAAAACCACACAUAUUACGGACGAGAGCAAAGAAUAUUGUUAAAUAGAUUUACGCAAACUAAAAACAAGUAAUAUAAAUAUAUUUAUAUAAAUAUAAGGACGAACAGGAAGCAGGAGAACACGAUGAAUAAUCAAAAGCAGCAGCGUAUAGCAAAUAGUAGAAAAAAUAUAAACUGAAGCGGCAGACGAAGCAGCAAAUUAAUAAAUUAAUAAAUAUAUGUAUUUAAACAAAAAACAAAUGAUAAUGUUUAAAGAGCAAAGAAUUAAGUAAAAGAAAACGGAACAAAUAGCAAAAAGAAUAAGUAAAACAAAAAAAUGAAAGCACAGUCAACCAAAUUUAUUUCCGACUCACAUAAUUCCAAUUUUAAAGACACCCAAUGCAAUUAAAUAUAUAGAAAAUAAACCAUAUUAAACAAAAUAAAUAAAAACAAAAAGGAAAAC